AUGGCGCCGGGAAUCCUAGAAACGGACUCCGCGGUCGCGGCUGAGAAGGCCACCAGCUUGUCUGCUUUGACCGAGGACUGGGACGAUACAAUCCGGUUCUAUCUCAACGGCACCAAGGUUACCGUGGACUCAGUCAAUCCUGAAGUGACCCUUCUCGAAUACCUGCGGGGGAUUGGGUUGACAGGAACCAAGCUUGGUUGUGCUGAGGGAGGCUGUGGUGCUUGCACAGUGGUCGUCUCUCAUAUCAAUCCCACAACGAAGAAGAUUUAUCAUGCCUCUGUGAAUGCCUGCAUUGCUCCUGUAGUCAGCAUUGACGGUAAACACGUCAUUACAGUCGAAGGCAUUGGAAAUGUGAAGGACCCCCACGCGAUCCAGCAGCGAAUUGCGGUCGGGAAUGGAAGUCAAUGUGGUUUCUGCACUCCAGGAAUUGUGAUGUCUCUUUAUGCCCUGCUACGAAACAACCCAUCUCCCUCAGAACACGAUGUCGAAGAAGCAUUCGAUGGAAACCUUUGUCGAUGCACCGGCUACCGACCGAUCCUCGAUGCCGCCCAAAGUUUCAACUCGAAAAACAACUGCGGUAAAGCCUCUGCCAAUGGAGGCUCAGGCUGCUGUAUGGAGAAGAAUGGUUCAGGUGGCUGUUGUAAAGGAUCCUCGAAUGGCAAUGUAAUCGAAACAGUCGAUUACAAAUUUCCCGCGCCAAACUUCAAACCAUACAGCCCAGACACGGAGCUGAUUUUCCCUGCUGCGCUGCGAAAACACGAAUACCGCCCACUGGCGUAUGGCAACAAAAAGAAGAAGUGGUAUCGGCCUGUGACUGUGGAUCAACUGCUGCAAAUCAAGCAUAUCCACCCGGAGGCUAAAUUGAUCGGCGGAAGUACCGAAACACAGAUUGAGGUCAAGUUCAAGGCUAUGCGUUAUGCGGCCUCUGUCUAUCUGGGAGACAUUCCUGAACUACGACAAUUCACCUUGCACGAUGAUUACCUGGAAAUCGGCGCCAAUGUGUCUUUGACCGACCUCGAGCAUAUCUGUGACCAAGCGGUUGAGAAGUAUGGCGACGCUCGAGGUCAGCCAUUCAAAGCGAUCAAGAAGCAGUUGAUGUAUUUCGCUGGCCGACAAAUCCGCAAUGUCGCUUCUCCGGCGGGCAACCUGGCCACUGCCUCGCCAAUUUCAGAUCUCAACCCUGUCUUUGUGGCUACUAACACUAUCCUCGUGGCCAAAUCUCUCGAGGGCGAAACUGAGAUUCCUAUGACUGAGUUCUUCCAAGGAUACAGAAAGACUGCCCUCGCUCCCAAUGCAAUCAUCGCUAGUUUACGCAUUCCGGUUGCGCAAAAGCAGGGCGAGCAUAUGCGAGCCUACAAACAGGCCAAGCGUAAGGACGAUGAUAUCGCUAUUGUCAACGCCGCAUUACGCGUGACUCUGUCUGAGACCAACGAUGUGGUCAGUGCCAACCUCGUGUUUGGUGGCAUGGCAGCUAUGACGGUUUCGGCAAAGAAUGCCCAAGAAUUCUUGGUUGGCAAGAAGUUUACAAACCCUGCGACACUUGAGGGGGUGAUGAGUGCAUUGGAGGAAGACUUCAAUCUGCCAUUCGGUGUUCCCGGUGGCAUGGCUAGCUACCGCAAGUCUUUGGCAUUGGGCUUCUUCUAUCGAUUCUACUACGAUGUCCUUUCGGGACUCGAGGUCAAGGCCUCAGAUUUGGACCCAGACGUUGUGGCCGAGAUUGAACGAGCUAUCUCAUCGGGAGAGAAAGACCAGGAGUCUUCAGUCGCUUAUCAGCAGAAGAUCCUCGGACGAGCAACUCCGCAUGUCGCGGCUUUGAAGCAAUCUACUGGAGAGGCUCAAUACACCGAUGACAUUCCCGUGCAGCAGAAUGAACUAUUCGCAUGCAUGGUUCUCUCCACCAGGGCUCACGCCAAGAUCCUCAGCGUGGAUGCUUCUGCUGCUUUGGAUAUUCCAGGCGUUGCGGACUAUGUGGACCACACGGAUCUUCCUAACCCACAGGCAAAUUGGUGGGGAGCGCCCAAGUCUGAUGAGCUCUUCUUUGCCGUCGAUGAAGUUACAACAGCUGGUCAGCCAAUUGGCUUGAUCCUGGCUACUACGGCUAAGAUCGCAGAGGAAGGUAUGAGGGCUGUUAAGGUGGAAUAUGAAGACCUGCCCAGUAUUCUUACCAUGGAAGAGGCCAUUGAGGCCGAAUCUUACUUCGAGCACUACCGCUACAUUAAGUGUGGUGAUACCGAGGAAGCGUUCAAGAAUGCCGAUCACAUCUUUACUGGUGUCUCGCGAAUGGGUGGCCAAGAGCAUUUCUACUUGGAAACUCAGGCUUGCGUGGCUAUCCCACUACCAGAGGAUGGUCAAAUGGAGAUUUGGAGUAGUACUCAGAACCCUACUGAGACACAAGCCUAUGUUGCCCAGGUCACAGGUGUCGCCGCGAACAAGGUCGUCUCGCGUGUGAAACGUCUUGGUGGUGGUUUCGGCGGCAAGGAGACACGAUCUGUCCAAUUGGCUGGGUUGUGCGCCACUGCCGCAGCGAAGACUAGACGGCCUGUCCGGUGUAUGCUCAACCGUGACGAAGAUAUCCUGACUUCCGGCCAACGCCACCCAUUCCUUUGCCGUUGGAAGGUCGGAGUGAGCAAGGAAGGAAAGUUACUUGCCCUUGAUGCCGACGUCUUUGCAAACGGAGGCCACACACAGGACCUUUCUGGCGCCGUCGUGGAGCGAAGCUUGUCACAUAUUGAUGGCGUGUACAAAAUCCCGAAUGUCAAUGUUCGUGGCCGGAUCUGCAAGACCAAUACCGUGUCGAACACCGCAUUCCGUGGCUUUGGUGGACCCCAAGGUCUCUUCUUCGCCGAAAGCUACAUUGAAGAGAUCGCAGAUCAUUUGGGCAUGUCUGCCGAGCAUGUGCGGGCUAUCAACAUGUACCAGCCGGAUGAAACUACGCAUUUCAACCAGUCUCUCAAAGACUGGCAUGUGCCCCUGAUGUACAACCAAGUGAUUGAAGAGAGCUCUUAUAAUGAGCGCAGAAAGGCUGUGGAGGAGUACAAUGCACGGCACAAGUGGUCCAAACGUGGAAUGGCUAUUGUGCCAACCAAGUUUGGUAUCUCGUUCACAGCUCUGUUCUUGAACCAAGCAGGUGCCCUGGUUCACAUUUACCAUGACGGAAGUGUCCUUGUGGCGCAUGGCGGUGUUGAAAUGGGUCAAGGUCUACAUACAAAGAUGACCAUGAUCGCCGCCGAGGCACUACAAGUCCCACAAGCGGACGUCUUCAUCUCCGAGACAGCUACCAACACAGUAGCCAACACAUCCUCCACAGCCGCCUCAGCAAGUUCCGACCUCAACGGCUACGCCAUCUUCAAUGCUUGCGAGCAACUCAACGAGCGCCUUCGUCCUUAUCGCGAGAAGAUGCCAAACGCACCAAUGAAGGACCUCGCCCACGCAGCCUACUUCGACCGAGUCAACCUCUCCGCCCAGGGAUACUACCGCACCCCAGACAUCGGCUACGUAUGGGGCGAAAACAGCGGCCAAAUGUUCUUCUACUUCACGCAAGGUGUAACAGCCGCCGAAGUCCAGAUUGACACACUAACAGGCGACUGGACGCCCCUCCGCGCAGACAUCAAAAUGGACGUCGGCCGCACCAUCAACCCCUCAAUCGACUACGGCCAAGUCGAAGGCGCCUACAUCCAAGGCCAAGGCCUCUUCACCACAGAAGAAAGUCUCUGGCACCGCGCCUCCGGCCAAAUCUUCACCAGAGGCCCGGGUAACUACAAGAUACCCGGUUUCCGUGAUAUCCCGCAGAUCUUCAAUGUCAGUUUGCUCAAGGAUGUUGAGUGGGAGAACCUCCGUACGAUCCAGCGCUCUCGUGGUGUCGGUGAACCGCCGUUGUUUAUGGGUAGUGCGGUCUUCUUCGCUAUCCGUGAUGCGUUGAAAGCUGCGCGUAAGCAGUGGAAUGUUACUGAUGUGCUUCAUCUGGAAAGUCCGGCUACUCCUGAGCGGAUCCGGAUUAGUUGUGCUGAUCCGAUUAUUGAGCGCGCUAGGGUUCAGCCAAAGGAGGGGGAGAAGAGUUUCUUUGUUGCUAUUUAA